CCUCUUCCUCCCCACCUCCUGCCAGGGAGAGGCCCAGCUGCAUAAAGAGGGCCCGGAGCCCGGCUUGUCUCUGCCUCUCCAUCCCGCACCUGCCCACACUGCCUCCAGGCCUGUUCUAGGAGGGAGGGCCAGAAGAGUUGGGCACUCAGGGGUCUCCUUUCCCAGACUAUCCAGGAGCAGGUCCCGCCCCCCGCCCCUAUGACCAACAUGAGCUGGAGCUUCCUGACGCGGCUGCUGGAGGAGAUCCACCACCACUCCACGUUCGUGGGCAAGGUGUGGCUCACGGUGCUGGUGGUCUUCCGGAUCGUGCUCACGGCCGUCGGCGGCGAGUCCAUUUACUCGGAUGAGCAGACCAAGUUCACAUGUAACACCAGGCAGCCGGGCUGCGACAAUGUCUGCUAUGACGCCUUCGCGCCCCUGUCCCACGUGCGCUUCUGGGUCUUCCAGAUCGUGGUCAUCUCCACGCCCUCGGUCAUGUACCUGGGCUACGCCGUGCACCGCCUGGCUCGCGCUGCCAAGCACGAGCGCCGCCGUGCCCCGCGCCGCAAGCGGGGGCCCCGCGCGCCCCUACCGCUGCCCCCGUCGUCCCACCCCACCUGGCCCGAGCCCAUCGACCUGGGAGAGGAGGAGCCCAUGCUGAGCCUGGGCGAGGAAGAGGAGGAGCCAGGGGUGGCAGAAGGCCUGGGCGCGGAGGACGAGGUGGAGGACGCGAGCGCGGCCAAGGGCCUCGGUGCGGACGCCAAGGCGGCGGGGACCCCGAGCCCCAACGGGCCGCAUGACGGGCGGCGGCGUAUCCAGCGCGAGGGCCUGAUGCGCGUGUACGUGGCCCAGCUGGUGGCGCGGGCCGCCUUCGAGGUGGCCUUUCUGGUGGGCCAGUACCUUCUGUACGGCUUCGAGGUGCCGCCUUUCUUCCCGUGCAGCCGCCGGCCCUGCCCGCACGUCGUCGACUGCUUCGUGUCGCGGCCCACGGAGAAGACGGUCUUCCUGCUGGUCAUGUACGUGAUCAGCUGCCUCUGCCUGCUGCUGAACCUCUGCGAGAUGGCGCACCUGGGCCUGGGCAGCGCCAAGGACGCCGUGCGCGCCCGUCGCCUUGCGCCAACCUCGCCCGGCCCCGCACCGCGCCCGCUGCCCUGCCCGCUGCCCCCCGCCCCCGCCCCCUUCCUACCCCCCGAUUACAGUCUGGUAUUGAGGGAGCGCGCCCACGACCAAGACCUGCCCAGCCCCGCGCUGCGGACCUUGCGGGAUGCGCGCGCGCUCGGCGACCGUGACCACCCGCCCUGCUCCGGCCUCCCCGCGGCCACCCGGGGGCCCCCCAGGGCCGGCGCCUCCGCUUCCGGGUCAGGCAGUGCCACGUCGGGGGGCACGGGCGGGGACCAGGGCCGGCCGGGCGCCAAACCUAGGGCGGGCUCCGAGAAAGGCAGUGCCAGCAGCAGGGAGGGGAAGGCCACCGUCUGGAUCUGAGGCCCCGCCCCAGUGCUCGGCCCUCCCUUCACGCCGGCAUUGGCUGGGGACUCUGGGAUGAAGCUGGGUAUUGGCCGCGCUGGACACAGAGCAUCACCUGCCGUCUCCACCUCCUCCUCCCCCUCCUCCUUCUCCUCAGCCGGCCGCCCUCUCCCUUGGGAAGGGCACCCUCUGCUCUGUAGCGCUACCCCUUCCCACCUGAACCCUCUCUCUGUCCGGGAUAAGAGGGGAGGAUGGGCCUGGCAACCACAAGGGUCCCCAGUUCUGGUUCGUAAACCCUGAAGAGUGGGCUGGACUGUGGCUAGGGCACUGCCCUCGCCACCACCCCUAUCGGCCCCUACAGAGCCACCUUGAGCCUCUCUGGCCCAGGUGCCCAAUCCUUCCCUCAGAGCUUCUCUGGGACCCAGCCAGCGCCUCAGGACGUCUCUGAACAGAGGGUCCAGCCUCUUCCCUGCUCCCUGGCAGCAGCCCAGAUAUGACGCCAGAGGUGUCUGGCCUGGGCGUUCGGGGUACAAUGCUGUCCCCACUCCCUGCAGCAGCCAAUGUGGCUCCUUUCCCAGCCACCCGCCUCCCGCCCACAUGCUGCUUCCUGCAGAACGGAAGCAAUUUUGAGUCUUCUUCCUACAGUAGGGGAAACCGAGGCAGCCCGGGCCUGCGCCUCCUUCCUCCUUGGCCCUCUGGGCACCAGCUCAUAAGCUGCCGGUCCUCCUCCCGCGAGUGUGGGGCGGGCCUGCAUCCUGCCCCGGGUCCCUGCCCAGACAGAUGGGAGUGGAUUCGGCCACGCCCCCUAGAGCUUCAUGGCUGUCUGGCUGGGGCCUUCCACUGGGAGGUCAGUCUGCCUUGCUACUGAGACCAACAGGGUGGUGGCCAAGAGCUGCGGCUUUGGCCGUGUUGGGGGAAGGGGCUUAGGGGCUCCUGCCCAGGGCCUCCCAGCCCUGCAGCCCCCUUUCCUAAUUCAGACACAGACUCCCAAAUAAAAACCUAACUUUUGUUUAUAA